AUGUUUUUGGCACAAUACAAAACAAGCGCAGUGAAGACUGUCAAAGAAAUUAAAUGACUCGCAUUAUUAUAGACAGGAUAUUAAACGAUUUUAAUCGAUAGCAAGCCAUUGUGCCAUCGCAAUUUAUAUUUUAUCUGAAGUCAGGAAAAUGUCAAAGCAAAUCCUUGAAGACGAAGACGCAAGAAAAGAUCUAAACCAAGCUCAAUAUAAUGCGAAUGAGGAGCUGAAUGAGGUUAAAGUCCAGGAACAAAAUGUAGGCACGGCUGCAGCAGAAUUAGCAAGUCUAAAUAAAAAUAUCGUAAAGGCAAAUACAUACAGAAGAUUAAAUCUGAAAAGAAAUAUGGAUACCAAUGCUGCGCAGGAUACAAAAGAUGAUAUGGUUAAUCAAAUGGGUAUUGAUGAGCAUAAGCGAGAGACCAGCUUUGUUAACAAAUCGCCAGCUCUACGCAUUGCAGUGCACGGCAUGUCGGAGCUCAUCAACACACGACUCUCGACCGAAGCACUCGACAUUUGUGUAGAGCUAAUAGAGGCAGGUGUGCAGCCAAGGGCCCUGUCUGAAGUAGUACUUCAUAUCCUAGACAUCAAGGUGAAAAACUACGAAAAGGAACAUGGUCCCAUACUACCAUAGGGUAUCCAGGGACCGUUGUUAAUCCCCCGAGCACAUUCGAAGAUAAUGCUUAUCAACACCAUGAUAACA